UAAAACCAAAAUGACAACCCAAAUGUCUAUAAAAUCCAUCAGCAGAUUCCGACCCAUUCCAUCAUCGGUCUCUCUGACAAACAAUCAGUCAUUCAAUAUUUUCUCUCUCUAAGAAUCUUUCUCGCUGGAAAAUGGAGUCAACCGGUAAAGCGAAGAAGGGUGCCGCCGGAAGAAGCCGUGGUGGCCCAAAGAAGAAGCCUGUUUCCCGUUCUAUUAAGGCAGGUCUGCAGUUUCCCGUCGGUAGAAUUGGUCGCUUCUUGAAGAAAGGCCGAUACGCUCAUCGUGUUGGUUCUGGUGCUCCCGUUUACUUGGCUGCCGUUCUUGAAUACUUGGCUGCUGAAGUGUUGGAGUUGGCUGGAAAUGCUGCUCGUGACAACAAGAAGACGAGAAUCAUCCCAAGGCAUUUGCUUUUAGCAGUGAGGAAUGAUGAAGAGUUGGGCAAACUUCUUGCUGGUGUGACAAUUGCGCAUGGUGGUGUUCUUCCGAACAUUAAUCCAGUUUUGUUGCCAAAGAAGACUGGAGCUGAAAAGGCACCAAAAUCUCCUUCCAAAGCUACCAAGUCACCCAAGAAGGCUUAGAUUUAGUGGUUGUUCUGGUUUAUGUAUGUAAUUGUGCUGUUAGAAUGUGUUGAUUUUGUGUCCUUCAGGUGAUAUUUACGAAGGCUUUAGUUGGAACUGCACUGUUUAGAUCUUUUUAUCAAUCAAUGAAACCACUUGUUUCAAGUUUA